GCCGCGGGCAGGCAGGGACAAUGGAAGACCUCGAGAGCCCGAAAUGUGAGCCGCUCCCGCCGGACGGCAGACAGAUGCGGGAGCAAGGGAAAGGCAACCUGCAUGUCACGUCCUUAGAAGAUGCGGAAUGUCGCAGAACCAAAGAGCGCCUCUCUAACGGGAAUCCUCGCCCUUCGGUGUCCAGGCCUUCCCGCAACAUCCCUCGUAGACACACGCUAGGGGGUCCCCGAAGUUCCAAAGAAAUCCUGGGAAUGCAAACAUCUGAGAUGGAUCGGAAAAGGGAAGCAUUCCUAGAACAUCUGAAGCAGAAGUACCCGCACCAUGCUACGGCCAUCAUGGGCCACCAGGAGCGGCUGAGAGAUCAGACAAGAAGCCCAAAACUAUCCCACAGUCCUCAACCUCCCAAUUUGGGCGACCCAGUGGAGCAUUUAUCAGAGACGUCUGGAGAUUCAUUGGAAGCCAUGUCUGAAGGAGAAGCUCCAAGUCCAUUUUCUAGAGGUAGCCGGACACGAGCAAGUCUUCCGGUGGUGAGGUCGACCAAUCAGACAAAAGAAAGAUCUCUAGGGGUUCUCUAUCUCCAGUAUGGAGAUGAAACCAAGCAGCUCAGGAUGCCGAACGAAAUCACAAGUGCAGACACAAUCCGUGCUCUCUUCGUAAGUGCCUUUCCACAGCAGCUCACCAUGAAAAUGCUGGAGUCGCCCAGUGUGGCCAUUUACAUCAAAGAUGAAAGCAGAAAUGUCUAUUAUGAAUUAAAUGACGUCAGGAACAUCCAGGACAGAUCGCUCCUCAAAGUCUACAACAAGGACCCCGCACAUGCAUUCAACCACACACCGAAAGCCACAGACGCAGACAUGAGGAUGCAGCGAGAAAUCAUGUAUGCAAGAGGCGAUGGCACUGCUGCCUCCCGGCCUGGCUCUACAACACAUUCACCCCACGUCAUUCCCAAUUCACCGCCUUCUACUCCAGUGCCCCAUUCCAUGCCUCCUUCCCCCUCCAGAAUUCCUUAUGGGGGCUCACGCACAAUGGUUAUCCCAGGCAAUGCCACCAUUCCCAGAGAUAGACUCUCCAGCUUGCCAGUCUCCAGGUCCAUCUCCCCCAGCCCAAGUGCCAUCUUGGAAAGAAGAGAUGUCAAGCCUGAUGAAGACAUGAGUGGCAAGAACAUUGCCUUGUACAGAAAUGAGGGUUUCUAUGCUGACCCUUACAUUUAUCAUGAAGGACGGAUGAGCAUUGCUUCUUCCCAUGGUGGCCACCCCCUGGACGUCCCUGAUCACAUCAUUGCCUACCACCGCACAGCCAUUCGAUCAGCGAGUGCUUACUGCAACCCUUCUUUGCAAGCAGAAAUGCACAUGGAGCAGUCACUGUACAGGCAGAAAUCAAGGAAGUAUCCAGAUAGCCACUUGCCUACUCUGGGCUCCAAAACGCCCCCUGCCUCUCCUCACCGGGUCAGUGACCUGAGAAUGAUAGACAUGCAUGCUCACCAUAAUGCCCAUGGCCCACCCCACACCAUGCAGCCAGAACGAGCCUCCCCCAGCCGCCAGACCUUCAAAAAAGAGCCAGGCACCUUGGUGUACAUUGAAAAGCCACGCACCUCACCAGGGCUCUCAGGCAUCGUGGACCUCGGGCCACCUCUAGUGGAAAAGCAAGUGUUUGCUUAUAGCACCGCGACCAUACCCAAAGACAGAGAGACCAGAGAGAGGAUGCAAGCCAUGGAGAGACAGAUUGCCAGUUUAACUGGCCUGGUUCAGUCUGCGCUUUUUAAAGGGCCCAUUACAAGUAAUAGCAAAGAUACAUCUAGCGAGAAAAUGAUGAAAACCACAGCCUAUAAGCAACAUACAGAGAAUGCAGGAACACCCCAGACUUCUUCAGGGAAGAUGCUUGGUGCUCCAGAGUCCACCGGGCUGCCCCCCAGCACCCCGGCCCUGCACGCCAGCCUGCUCCACAUGCGCCGUAGCGUGGCAGAGCUCAGACUACAGCUCCAGCAGAUGCGACAAUUGCAGCUGCAGAACCAGGAGCUGCUGAAGGCGAUGAUGAAGAAGGCUGAGGUAGAAAUCAGCAACAAAGUGAUCGAGACGAUGAAGAGGCUGGAAGACCCCGUGCAGCGACAGCGCAUGCUGGUGGAGCAGGAGAGACAGAAGUAUUUGCACGAGGAAGAGAGGAUUGUCCGGAAGCUGGGUGAGCUGGAAGCCUUUGUGGAAGACCUGAAGAAGGACUCGGCCUCAGCAGGCCGUGCUGUCACCCUAAAAGAUGUGGAGGACGGGGCCUUCCUUCUGCGCCAAGUGGGGGAGGCAGUGGCUUCCCUGAAAGGAGAGUUCCCAGCCUUACAGAACCGCAUGCGGGCCGUCCUGCGCAUUGAAGUGGAGGCCGUGCGCUUCCUGAAAGAGGAACCACACCGGCUGGACAGCCUCCUGCAGCGAGUCCGAGGCAUGACCGACAUCCUCACCACCCUGCGCAGACAUGUCACGGAUGGUCUCUUGAAAGGGGCAGAUCCCGCCCAGGCCGCCCAGUAUGUGGCGAUGGAAAAAGCCACAGCAGCUGAAGUCCUGCGCAGCCAAGAAGAGCUUCCACAGGCCUCUAGCACAACCCUGCAAGGCAAUGCGGGGGUCCCCGGUGAUGUGAAGUCAGAAGUGGUACCACUGACGGUUCUCCACGCACAGAGCUCCCCGGUGGUCAUGCAGCCCUCCCAGCUGUCCUCUGCUCUGCUGAACCCUGCCCAGCACCUGCCUGCGGCCAGCCCCCCUGCUGGCACCCAGGAUGCUGCCUCCACCCUGCCCUCAGCGUUGGUGCCACACUCCCCACAACUGCCCACCAGUGGCUCAGCAGUGCAGACCUCAUUUAUCGAGGAAAUCCAAAGCGCCAGUGCCAAGCACAGGGUGGCAUCCAUCGAGAAAGCAGAAAGGAAAUGGGAGGAGAAAAGGCAAAAUCUGGAGCAUUACAAUGGGAAAGAAUUUGAGAAGCUCCUAGAAGAAGCACAGGCCAAUAUCAUGAAGUCCAUUCCAAGCCUGGAGAUGCCACCUGCUGCCAGCCCUCAACCAAAGGGCGACACAACCGUGGACAGGCCAGAGCUUUCAGAAGAUUCUCCAAAUUCAGAACAGGAUUUGGACAAGUCAGGGGGUAAGUCCCCACCCCCUCCACCCCCACCCCCAAGACGAAGCUACCUGCCAGGAUCAGGGCUCACCACCACAAGGUCCGGCGAUGUGGUCUACACCAGCAGGAAGGAGAUGACCAGCACUAAGGCAAGCAGUGAAGAAUCUGGGCCAACCCCACAGGCUAGAACUACAAAAUACCCAACAGAGGAGCCUUCUCCAACAUGGACCCCAUCCCCACCACCUCUUUCCUCAAAGGAUGAGGAAGAAGAUGAAGAAGGAGACAAAAUAAUGGCAGAACUCCAGGCUUUCCAGAAGUGUCCCCUUACGGAUGUAAAUUCCAACAGUCAUGCGGAGCAGCCCCGGGCUGGCAGUCACCCUAAAGACACUAGGCCAGGGGCAGCUGCCCCAUCGAAGGAGAAGAAGAACUUGGAAUUUUUCCACGAAGACGUACGAAAAUCUGAUGUUGAAUAUGAACAUGGCCCCGGGACGGAAUUCGGAAAGGUUCCCACGGGGGCUCUCCCACCCAGUGCUCAUCCUGAGUGGGAAUGUGGAAUGGAGAACAGUGCCUCCAGGAUGUCAGAAUACAAAGGCGACAGCCUGGUGAAGGAACAUACCUUGCCUGAUAGGAGUGUGCUUAGAGACCAUAAAAACUUUGCCCAGAAAACUGUCUCCAAGGUCAACUCUGGCAUGAAUUCAUUAGAAGAUGAAAUGAAUGAAGGACCAAAAACCUCUGGGCUGCAGCCCCCUGCCUUGGACCCUGAGAACCAGAAGCUGAAUUGUGGGAAGACAAAGGAGAGAAGUCAACAAGGACAGGAGCAUACAGAUUGGGAUCUCCUUCCUGUUCCCCCAAGAGCCAGUGAAUUGAGUAUUGCUGAGGUCAAUGCUCAGGAGCCAGAGGUGCUCAAGACAGAUUUUGGUCAAGUUGUACUGAGACCCAGAGUGGGCAGGACAGCACCUGUGGCCCCGGCCGAGGAUGGAGACUCCUCGUUGAGUUCCCCCAUGGAGGAGACUGUGGCCCCCGACAACAUCGCCUUCAUGAUCACCAAAACUGCUGUGCAGGUCCUGUCCAGCGGAGAGGUCCGUGAUAUAGUGAGCAGAAAGGGAGAAGAUGUACAGACUGUGAACAUCGACGCCAAGAGAGCUACAACAUCCCACCAGGAAGGAGCAGAAAGCGAGGAGCCUGUCGUGUGCCUGGACAAGAAGCCGGUGAUUAUCAUCUUCGAUGAGCCCAUGGACAUCCGAUCUGCGUACAAGAGACUCUCCACCAUCUUCGAGGAAUGUGAUGAGGAAUUAGAGCGAAUGAUGACGGAGGAAAAGAUAGAGGAGGAGGAAGAGGAGGAAAAUGGUGACACUACUGUGCUUCAUAACAGCACCUCCCCAAGGGCUGGCCGGGAAGUGGCAGUGGGUUCAUUUAGCUUGGGAAAGCAAGUGUCACCUACUGGGUCCCUUUCCAUAGAGACCAAAGGUCAGGCAAGGACUCAAACCCAAGACAGCAAAUUCACCCCAGCUGAGUCUCCAGGUCCAGAAAGCAAGGACGAGGUCACAGAUAACUCAUUGGAAAGCCCCAAGAAGAAGUUCAAGUUCAAAUUCCCCAAAAAGCAGUUGGCCGCCCUCACCCAAGCCAUCCGCACUGGAACCAAGACUGGGAAGAAGACACUGCAAGUAGUGGUCUAUGAAGAGGAAGAGGAAGAUGGUACUUUGAAGCAGCACAAAGAAGCCAAGCGCUUCGAAAUCACCCGCUCCCAGCCCGAAGACUCCCCGAAAAGCAUGCUCAGGAGGCUCGAGGUGCCUGUCCCCGAGAGCAUGUCCCCCAUUUCCAGGACAGACGAAAUCCGCAAGAAUACCUACCGCACACUGGACAGCCUGGAGCAGACCAUCAAGCAGCUGGAAACAACCAUCAGUGAAAUGAGCCCCAAGGGCCUAGUCGAGUCCUCUGGGCCUGCCAGCAGAGAUCCGGGGUCCAGCGCCUCCCACAUAACCGGGGAGCCUGCACCCCGCUCCAUGUUAGCCCCGGACGCUCCCUCUGCCCCUUCAUCCCCCUCGUCCAUACCGCCAGCUUCACGUAAGGGCACUGCAGCUGCCACCCCACAAACCAGCCGGAUGCCAGUCCCCAUGAGCUCCAAGAACAGACCUGGAAGCCUGGACAAAGCCGGCAGCAAGCAGUCCAAACUGCAGGACCCCCGCCAGUACCGUCAGGCUAAUGGAAGUGCUAAGAAAGCUGGUGGGGAUUGUAAGCCUACUUUCCCCUCCUUACCUGCUUCUAAGAUUCCAGCCCUUUCUCCCAGCUCUGGGAAAAGCAGUUCUCUGCCCUCUUCUAGCAGUGACAACUCUAACUUCCCUAAUCCAUCUGCUACUAAACCAUCGGUUACUUCUAACCCUCUCAGCCCCCAAACAGGACGGUCUGCUCCCUCUGCCUCCCUCAUCCCCUCUGUCUCUAAUGGCUCCUUAAAGUUUCAGAGCCCCACUCAUACAGGUAAAGGUCACCAUCUUUCCUUCUCACUGCAGACUCAAAAUGGCCGAGCAGCCCCUCCUUCCGCUUCUUCCUCCUCCCCCCCUUCCCCUGCCUCCCCUACUUCACUGAAUCAAGGUGCCAAGAGCAUCAGGACCAUCCAUACGCCUAGCCUCACCAGCUACAAGGCACAGAAUGGAAGCUCCAGCAAAACCGCCCCAUCCACGGCCAAGGAAACUGCUUAAAGGCCAAUCCCUCUUAGGCACAAGCUGGAGUUCAUUUUUUUUUUUAUUUUUAUUGUUUUGUUUUGGUUUUCUGUUGUAUGAUUUUUUUUAAAGUCUUAAGCAACUGUGUUCACACUGUAACAUAUUGCUGUACUGUUUUGAGGCGCAAUGCUAAGAUGUACUGAGUACUGAAGUAGUAGAUUUCAGUAAAAUUGGUUUUGUUUCGUUUUUUACUUUAUUGCCGUUGUAAAUACAUAGUGUGUGCUGUCUGUAUGUAAUACCUAUUCAAUGAAGUAAGCAUGAAGGGUGGCGAAAGAGAAGCGUGUGCAGGAGAAAAUGUACUGAGCAUGUGAAUCAUGUACGAGUCCAGAACUUUAGUAUGUUUUAUAUAAAACUAUUUUUCAUUACGGAGAACUAGAAGCGAACAGAGAAAUACACAAGUGUGACUAUACAAAUUGUAAAACAGAUACUAUAAUAUUUCCUUUUAUUUUCGUGUUAUUUAGCUUUAUUACAGAUUUCUAUUUUUGUCAGAACUUCAUGGUUCCUUUCAAUAUCUUUUUUGCCAAAACAUUUUGAUACUAUAGCAUUGUACAUUUGAACGUAGUGUGCUAGACAAAAAAAAAAAAAAAGCCAAUGAACUUCUACCAUGCCACCAUGAAGGCCUAUGUAGAAGGCAAUUUAUCAAAUUUAUUGCACUGCCAUAGAAAAUUAUGUAUAAUAAUUUUGCCAGCCCAAGCAAGUUAGAUUUCUUUACCUUUUUUUUUUUGUUUUCUGUUUUGUCAUAUUAGGAAUCUCUGGUUGUUUUCUUUGCAAAAUCUAACCCUUUCUUUUUCUGAGACCAGGUAACCCAGACUAUUGCAUUGUGGAUUUUAAAAUGUACACUUCUAUAUGGUUCUGUAAACUGAUAACCUUUUGUAAAUAUAUAAAUAGACAAAAAAUACUGUAUGUGACGGCACAUAGAGUAGUUUUCCCACACCAAAGUUAAUUUUUAUGCAUGCUUUAAAAAUAUAUCUUGGGAUGGGCAAAGAUGAAAUUAUCCGUACAUUUUUAAAAGAAAAACAAAGCAACAAGUUUGCACAUCUAGAGUGUUUUUGUAAAUAAAUGUAUUUGUAUAACACAGUCAUGUAAUAUACAGAACUAAAAGGAGAUACUUUGCAAAACUAAAUAAAGGGCUGCAUGCUUACUA